CUAUUACUUAUACUUGCCAUGCUAGAAAAAAAAAAGCUGUCACGCACGUCAAAGGAUUGGGGACCGUCGUUCCGUCGUUUGAUCGUCGUCGUCUCUCGCUUUUUCUUUUAUCACAAACCCAAACCAAUUUGUGACCAAAACAAAUAAAACAACCACAGACGACCUCCCAGUAUCAGAUUGCCCGACGGAAAUAAAUCGUCAGCUGCGAUGCGCUAUAGAUCAUGUCAUGUUGAAUUGAUCAAAUAAAUUGUAAUGAAACAAUGAGUUCGGUCAAGCGAUUUUUCCGCCCACUGAGGGCUCAUUACGCGAUUGAGCUAUGAGUGGUGAGGAGUGUGUUGUGAUAAGCUAGUAGUGUGGUAGUGAUCGGAGGCAUGGGGGACGCGGAGCGGGCCUCGCGGCCCAACUCGCUGCUGCUGGAGACCCCGCCGCCGGAGCGGGAGCCGCUCCGCUUCGAUGUGCAGCUGGUCGGUGCCCCACCCGAGGUGGAGCAGCUUGUCAACAACAUCAAGCAAGUGGCUGAAGACUUCUUGUACCAUUGGAAAACUUUUCCUAUUGUCCUCCCAUCGUCUCGCUUCACUGGCUCCGGCAACCGGCCCUCGGACAUUAUCGUGGCGCCGCCCUGCGACGAGCUCGACGCCGCGGCCCUCGACGCGGGCCUGGAGCCCCAUCCGCUCUCGCCGAAACAGUUACACCAGAUAAGGGAGAGAGGCGAGUUCGAAGUCCCCUCCCGCCACUUCCCCGGCCAGACGCACGUCUGGCGCGUCUCCGGUUGGCUGCAGCGCGGGCACGCGCGAGCACGCGAAGAGCUGUACGGGCACGUUGCGCGUGCGUGCUCACUUGUCGUGGUCGUGGCACGGGAUCGGUUGUUGAAGAAUGAGCCGCUGUCCGUGCUGGCGGGGGCCGAGAGUCUGCUGGCCGGGCUUCAUCGACUGAUGGAUCUCAUAAUCGGAAUGCCGUCGCUAGAAGCCAAAGACCUGGAGAAGAAGAUCCGCGAAGAACGUUCCAGAUACUUAGUAGCCGAGCUCAUCUGUAUGCCUGAACAUCAGGAAGACAUCGCGGCCCUAGCAGCGUGGGUGACGCGAGCUAUGCGUAGGGCCGCCUCGGAGAAAACCGAUGCGCGCGAGCCUCCAAGAAUUGCACCGCGCGUCCCUUGUGUGUAUACCACGCCGCAGCGCACAGAGGUGGACUUGCGAUUAUACCGACGAGAAAUAACUCGUCGUGCAGCUGCGCCGCUCCAAGCUAUUCUUGAGCGUGAAGCCAGAGGGUGGUUCUUACACUUUAGAGAGCGCAGGGCCGCCCACUUGGCCAGCCAGAAAGUGCCACCGAGGGACAUCGAACAGGAGGUGCGAGCCGCGUCAAUGCGCGAAUACGUUAACCGAGUGUGUAACGCUGUGUUAUCCAGCGAGCAGCUGCGCGCCCUGGGCCCCGGUAUUCCGGAGCUCUUACACGAUCAACUCAAAGCUCACGACGUUAUCAAUAGAGCGGAAGAAGGCGUCCGCAACAAAAUCGAAGCCGCCCUAGCGACGGGCGAAGCGCGCCUGCGCGCGUCGCACCCCAUCCUGUCCCGCGCCGACUCGUGGCGCAAGGAGCGCCUCCACGCCGCCGCCGAGCGCAUCGGCGCGGAGCUGCGCUGGGCGGCGCUGGAGGACGCCGCCGCCGCCAUGGCGGCGCACGCGCUGCAGCAGCACCGCUACUUCCUGCUGCGCGAGCUGGCGUUCUUGAGGGAGCGGGAGCCGCUGCUCGCGAAGGAACUACGCGCCGCCAAAACUCCAACCCGCGAAUUCACCUGGGAGACCCGAAUCUGGCUGCCGCAGAACUGGGUCGUCGUCCGCCACUUCAGAGGCCGCUCGGAGCGGAUACCGACCGUGCUCAGCACUCGGGCGACCUCUAUAGUGACCCCGCGCUCCGACCCCAGCCAGCCUGUGUUCCUGGUGGACAAGGAGACGGUGCGGAGGACCAGCACCCGCUGGCCGGGCUGGAGGCUCGUCAAUUUAGCGCACAGGUGUUGGAGCUGGAGUUGGAACAUGAUGUUCCUCCUGGGCGUGGUGGUGGCGUGGAGUUCCCCGAUAUCGCUGCGGACGCUUAUACGAGUUAAACCGCUCGCGCCUGAUCUUGAGCUGUCACAGGUAAACGGCACGCUUUUCCCGAAAAGAAGUAGUGAAACGCAGACAAUGUGGUCUCGCCUCCUCAAGCUCUGGCGACAUGUCUCGAAAGAGAGGACGCGCUUCGAAACGGAGCCCGAUACAGGUCUUCUGGGCAAGGGUCUAAGCCGGCAAGCCAACCGCCUGUGGAACUACGGUGUAGUAGGCGGACUGGGCUCCCUCUGUCUGCUGCUGCUGUUCCCGCUGGCCGCGCUGCUGGGCAGCCUGCUGGCGCUGGCGGCGGCCGCCACGGUGCCGCUUUGGAUGCCGCCGCUGACGGCGGGUGUGUACGCGGGCAACGCGCUGUUAUAUGACUUGGACUGUCCUGAUCCUCCGCGGCUCAAUAGAAUAAUGGUGUUAUUCGAGGUAUUAAUCUGGCGCAUCGCAAUACUGGGAAUCCUGCAGCCCAUAGCCGCCAUUGUGGUUGCCGUUGUUUUGUGCCCAGUCAGCGCUUUCUUACUUUUAGUGGGCGGUGUGAGUUGGUGGGCAGUCCGCGCGCUAUGGGAGAUGGUGGCGUGGCGAGUACUGAUCAGCCGCGCGGCGCGCGUGCCCGCGCACGACUCCGCCUUCUGCCGCCGCGUCGACGGGCCCGGCCUCAGGACCCGCACGCACUAUCAGAUCACAUGUGCCCAAGCCGUAGCCGCAGUGGCGGCGCGCGGAGAGGCGCACGUGCUGGGCGAGUGGGCGGCCGCGGCCGAGCGCGCCGUGGAGCGCCCUCUGCGCGACUACGAGCACUUCGUCACCGCCUGCUUCGGCCCGUUCUCCGUGCAGAUAGCUAAGAACACAGGAGGAGUGUACGCGCAACUAGAAAAAGAGUGCAGCGAGCUUAUAACGUCGCUUCGGGAGAAAGUUGAAGCGAGACGGCGUGAACUGGCGGUUGGCCUCAGCGACGCCGCGCGGGUACGGGUGCGGAUGAGCGCCAAUGAUCUCAGAAGAGCAAUACAGGCAGCGGCACUAGAGCUAGCGCGGCUGUGGGGCGACUGUGCGCGCGGGGACGAGUGGUGGGGCGCGCGCGGGCUCAGCGUCGGCGACUGGCACGCGCUCGCGGCCAACACGCUCGGCGAGGUAUUCGACCCAGAAAUCCUAGUAGCCUUAGAAGAAAGCGAAGCUCGGCUCCCGCUAGAGAGCGGGUCGGGAGCGCGCCUGUGGGCGGCGCGCUGCGGCCGCGACGAGGCGCCGCCCGACGUGCUCGCCGAGCGGGACGACUGGCGGCGCGCGCACGGCAUGUGGGCAGAAUGGGGCGGAACACCCGCGCCGCGAGUGCCGCCGCCGACGCUGGAGCUGAGCGCCUUCAGUCCCCGCGUGCCCUCGAUGCCGCCCGUGCCGCCGCCACCCGUAGUGGCGCUGGUGUUGCACAACAGGGAAUCAGAUAACCCCGUCCCACUAGACUCGGACCUUUGCGCCGAAAUUCUGAGAAGUUUAGAGGAUGCGCCCGACUGUGAUGAUAGGAGAGACGGUGUCGAGCGAUACAGAGGCGGUGGUAGCGACGAAGGCGGCAGCGACGGCGCGAGCGAAGGAACGCUCGACGACGACGCCAGUUCAAACCACACUAGAGAAACCGACGGGGCGCUCUGCAGAGCGGCGCCGAGCGCCGAGCGCGCCGCCUGCCGCUGGACGCUGACCGGGCGCGGCGUGCGCCUCCGCGCCGACCUCGCCAGCCCUGAGGACGUCUCGCUCGACACCGACCGCUCGCAUGUUGGCACUUCGGUUUGAACCCAAUUACCACUACAGAAAGUUCACAAUCGAAGUUAACGCGACGGGCGUUUCCGACGCUUUCGCUUCAGAUAUUCACCGGGCUCUCUACGCCAGCAUUUCAUUCUGAACCUUACGGCAACUACAUAAAAUACACAUUUGUUUGUAAGGCGUCCGGCGCAUACGCCUUUAAAGCCUCUGUACCUUAUAACCACCGAUAGGUAUAUUCGAUAGUAAGGGCGAUCGCUUGCGCCGGUAUAGUUUUGGGGAUGAUUGAUGUUAGUAAUGACACUAAGAACCUGAGAACGCUCGAGAUUGAAGCUUACGAUACCGAAGAUAGAAAGUCGAUUGUAGGGCGAUAGGCUCUCUUAAUACGCUUUAAAAAUAAUGACAAAGUAGCUUCGUUUUGUACUGUACCAUAUUAAUCGAUUAUUCUAAUAUAGAUAGGUUGAAGUUAAAAUGAGAAUUGCAGCUUAACUGGAAUUAUUUUGUUCUUGAAUCCUAUUGUAACGCAAUAAGGUCUUCAUCUGUAUUUCUCAAGACUAUUUUUUUUUAUAAGAGUAAGUUAUUGUAUACGGAACUGGCAGCUUAUACAUUAAAAAUCAAAAACAUAUUGAUUACGUAAACAUUUAAAUUUAACUCAAUGGUCCGACCAUUAUAGUCAGUUUACUUUCAUAAUAGUGAUAAAAGUGUGCCCUAAGCUUAAAGUGGAAUGCUAUCGUAAUGUAAACGCUAUAAUCGAUGCAGUAAGACUUAAAAUUGAUUAAAAUUGGUAUUGUCAAUUGGCAGCUGAUGAUUGGGAAUAUAUGUGUGUGUGUGUGUGUGCAUGUUUUGGUUGUAUAUGCUACUAAGUUGGUAGAAAUACGUUACUGAAACGAUUUGCGGUAUAAAGAUUCAUCAGUCAUUGGGUGUGACACAAAAGGGAUGAAAAAGAGGUGUGUAUUUCAUGUAAACACAUACCUACUUAAAAAAAACUACGUCAAAAUAUUUCUUGUAUACUUUGAUUCCAUCAAACUUUUUCAAUCCAUGUAAUUUGAACCUUUGAAUUUUUUUGAAAUCCUUAGCGUAACAGAUAAUUGUUUUAUUUACCUUAGAUCACACUUGCAUCAGACCACGUUCGACGUGUUGCCUCUCUGUCGCACUCGUAAAUUCUUACGUACGUGUGACAGGAAGGCACCAUGUCGAACGUGGUUAGCGGCAGGCCCUCAGGUCUGGAGGCCUAAAUAACUCAAUAUUCAACUCUACGGCUUUAAACAUAACGUUUUAUUUCGUUUGUGGGAAUAAUACGUGAUACUUUAGUCUUAGUUCAAAUAUUGUAGUGAGCCGUUUUGGCUUAAGUACCUCUAGAUUAAUUUCGACUCUUAGGACUUAUAUUUUAGGUUGAUUUUCCAAUGUUCUUCUCUUAACUUAAGACUUCUUCGCGCGUUUUAUGCUUGCAUGUUAAACUUUUUUUAAUGGAAAGUUGUGUAGAUUAGGUCGCAUUACGUUUAUUUAUAAUCUGUGUGUACGCCAUCCUGAGGACGUAUUUUAAGCAUAGUUUUUAGGUGUAUCGGCCCGAUUAGAUACUUGCUACAGAUACGAUAUGGCUUAGAUAUGUCAAUGUCAACCAAGGAUCGGAAACCGGUAUUUUUUGGAUGCGAACGAAAACGGUAUUUUUUCGUUCAUUGUUAAUUAUUUAAUUUCAAUUGGGCAAUCUGAUAAUACGAAGUCGUUAUCUACAUAAUACACAACUGAGUCUUACAUUUGGAGUAAAAUAAAACGAAAUAUAUGGUUAUUUCGAAGUUUUUUCCAAAUACCGGUACCGAUCCCUGAUGUCAACAGUGGCUUUUAUUGAAACAAAAACGUUACUUUUGACAAUGACAUAUCCAACGAUUUUUUUUACGUAUCUUAAAGGGGCCGUAUGAUUGAAUGGGAUGACGCUAGGAAGACUUUGAAGUGCACUUGUAUAGGACAACGAUAGCAAUGGGGUAUGGGCUACACUAAAUUACUAACACUGGAAUUUUUACUUUUUUUCUAAGCAGAAUAAGGCAAUUUUUUUAAUAACAAUUAUAUGCCGUGUCUAUAUGCAUGAUGUAUGAAAAGAAAACACUCAUACGAAAUGAAAAAUACUGCAUUUAUGGUCUCUAGUAGAGGCAACGGCAUCAUUUUUAAGAAUCAAAUGGUGUUCGUGUACUGUACCAAAGAGAAUUUUAAAUAGAGGUAUAUUGUCGAAGAAAACUUUGUAGUGAAGUAAAUUUACUGCCAUCUUUCGACACAUAAUGGAAACUUUUAGAAUGCCAUUUGACUUUGACCCUUAUUCUUUCACAGAUAUGUGUUCAAUUUGUUAAAUAUCAAAAAGUGGCGCCGUUACCGGGCACUACCUAAAGGUUAUGACGCCAUCGCUCGAAACGAUGCUGCUAUACCUUUGGCCUUUGAUCUAUUAGAUGGCGCCACUUGCUGAUAUUAACAAAUUGAACACAUAUCAGUGAAAGAAUAAGGAUCAAUGUCAAACGGCGUUCGAAAAGUUUCAAUUACGUGUCGAAAGAUGGCAGUAAAUUUACGUCGCUAUAAAGUUUUUUUGACAAUACAACUCUAUUUCAAAUUCUCUUUGACUAUACUAAUCGAAUCGAUCACGAUUACAAAGAAAUUAUUUUCCGCUUAUAAUUACCGUGUUAAUUGGAAAAUCUACACUACUUUAUUUCUUGAUGCCAUACUAAAAAUUUCAGGGUUAGUUAAUUAAGUUAGUUAGUUAUUUGCGUUUGACACUCGUAGUGUUAGCUUGAGAUUUUACUAUUUACUUAUUUACACGUUUUAAUCAGGAGGCAUUAAUUUAACGCAUUUAUUUCGAUCUCUUGUUUACUCUCUUAUUUUUUUACUUAGCAGCACAAAUUUAGUGUUUAUUCUUUCAAAUUGUGGCAUUUACUCUUACAAAGAACUUCAUGAUAGUUUUACAAAUUUUGUAGUUAUUUAAGUUUCGAAAUUAUUUCGUGCCAUUUUUCCUUGCCAUGGAGUAUCAAAAUUUUACUGACAUGGUAGGAAUCAUGUAUUUAACAAGCUAUUCGUUAUAAACUUUAUAAAAGAAUGCGGUAUCGGCCUAUAUGAAACAUACAAAGAAAAAUACCUCAUGAUUUAGUGGAGUUGACUUGAAUGAAAUAAAUAUCUUCUUCCAAAAUAUAUAUUUGGAUAGUAUGUACGGCUUCACAAACAUCUUUACAAGGUAACGAUCUUAAUAUACAGACUCGUACAUGACCUUAUUGUUGGCGUUUUAUUUUAAUAGCCAUAAAAUAUUUUUACACAAUUUCCAAACCUGGUUGGAUGCCUGAUAGGUCUGCCUUAUGUGCCUUCAUUGACUAGCUUGUUAAAAAUUUGCCACUUUGCAAAUUUUUGACGACUGGACGUUUGAAUGUAUUUAAGAAUUAUUUCGCUUUUUCUUCGCCAGUGUCAUGAUGAUGAUAAACAUUGUGUGUAACUCCGAGGGUAAGAAGAUUGCAAACUCUAUUCUUUUAUUCACUCCAGCCUGCGACUGUCGUGAAUUAACACCCUCGUCUCCAAAAUUUCUCUUAUCCCCCUCGUUGCUUAAUGUACUUUUUUGAAACAUUGGCUUGUAAAGAUGUUUGGGAACCCGACUGUACCUUGUGACGAGUUGAAAGUGGAUAGCAAAUUGCUUUAUUCAUUUAUAAUAUACAAAGCAUCUUAAUCCAAAACCGGGAACAAUGGAAUAAAAAACGGGGCAAGUGCGAGUCGGAAUCGCGCACGAAGGGUUCCGUACCAUUAUAUAUAAAAACGGCAAAUAAAAUAUGUUUGUUGUAUGGGACCCCCCUUAAAUAUAUUUUUUUAUUCUGUUAUUAGUAUUUGUUGUUAUAGCGGCAACAGAAAUACAUCACCUGUGAAAAUUUCAACUGUCUAGCUAUCACGAUUCAUGAGAUACAGCCUGUUGACAGACGGACGGACGGACGGACAGCGAAGUCUCAGUAAUAGGGUCCCGUUUGACCCUUUGGGUACGGAACCCUAAAAAGUGGACAAGGAGUCCCCAGAUAAUGGGAUAAGGCUUAGGAAAAGAAGAAGAGCAUCUUAAUAUCUUUAAUCCAGGACUAUGCUUCUGUGAAGAUGUUUUGACGAUGGAGCAUAUAUGUCGUGAAUUCCCAUUUACUGUAUGUAUGGCUCUGAUCUUGCCAUCAGCCGGAUUGUAUGCUUUUAUGGCACCAUCGUGGUAUUAAAAGGUUGUAUUUUUAAGCUAUGAUAAUUCACCUAAUGGCCUUUUUAUUCAAAAUAAAGCAAUUUUAUAUUCACUCAACCAAGUUAAGACUUUUAAAGUGCAAUAAUGUUAACCACAACUUAGGUACUAUUUUAGAUAGAUCUUUUAAAUUUUACAUUAUUGAUAGCGAACAUUGCGUCGCCGCUAGUUCAUCACACAAAAAAAUUGAAAACAUAUAAUUCAUACAUUUAACUAACUCUGUACUGAAAUAAUUCGGUUUUUCAUUAUAUUGUAAAAAAGCGGAAGGCCAGACGUUUGGUCCAAUAAGUAUUUAAGCCCGCAAUUUUUACCAAUCGAUAUUUGUAAAAGUUAUAGGGAUGCAUUUAUAUAUUACUUUUAAUGGCAGCUAGGGAAACCAUCAUAGACAGACACACUUAUCAUUUUUUUUCAACGUAUUUGUAGGUAUAAAUAAGAUCCCGAGACCGAGAGAUAGUCGUUACCGUUACCCGAAUAUAAAAAUAGUUAUAUUCGGGUGACUUUUUACAUGUCUUUAUUUUGUUUGGAAUUUACUAUUAAAUUCAAGUAAUAUACAUAUAAUUUAAACCUAAAAUAAGGGCGUCUAGUGAAGUUGACUUUUGAAACCUGACCUCAAAAUACCGAUCAAAAUUAAGAGAGAAUUUUAAAACUGCACCUUCUUUAAUUUCUAUAACAUAUAACUGCAUCGUCUGCAUCCCUGUAACGAGACGAUUGGGACGGUAGUAUAGGUACGUCCAAGAGUUGGUCGCAAUGUUGGCAGCUUUAGGCCUCUGUACACAUUGGGCUAACAUCGGCCAAACUCUGCGACGUAUGCAUUGAAACGAGAUCGCAAUAACGCUGGCUCCUUCUAACAGUCUCGCAUAACUUGGUUAACGUUGACCCAUUGUGUGCAGAGCGUUUUUUCAUGAAGGGUCCACCUAUAUAGUGCCAGCGUUGGGGUCUACUCAUAGUUGUAGCACUUUGCCUUGUGUUAGACGCACGUAGUUCUGUCUAACCUUAACUGUAAUUUUUUUAGUCGGUUACUGCAUAUUGGACUUUAUCUAGUACAUAAUAAAGUCCAAAUAUAAAAUCAUCGAACAAAAAAGUUGGCAGCUUAAGUGUAGACACUUGUAGUUCACGGUCUGACCACUAGAUAUCGCACGUUGGUGACCAUGCUUAAUGGUUAAUCAUUUUUUUGUUUUGAUCCAAGAAAAACUACUCAUUAUAUCCCUCAUAUAUCUAAUGCUAGGCUGAAACUUGAAGAAUUGCAAUUUUUUAUGUGAUUUCUGUUCAUUAACAUAAGUUACGUUUGAAAUUAUUUAUCAUUACGAUAGAUUUCCUAACUAGGGAUAAGGAUUCAAUGUUGACGAGUCUAAACCAUUUUUUUUAGUUGGACAACUUAUUAUUUUUUAUUGAUUAGUUUCGCAACAUUAAUAUUUUCGACCGAUUAUCAUUGAGUGUGUGCACUGACUUUAGUUGUAGUGAUAGAGGCGUUCCUAUGCCUUUAGGCUAAGUGUUUACGCUUGGCACGCUCAAACGUAUAUAAUUCUAAAAUAAAUCUUAAAUGAAAUGUCUUUUUAACGUCCAAAUCAUUAUAUCCUUUCUUAGGAAAAGUAUAUAUACUAUCUUUUUUACGUAAUAAUUAUAUUUAUUUCCAAAAUGAAGUGAUUUAUUGUCUUAGUUUUACAGUCGUAGAUAUACCCUGCAAUCCAUAUUACAAACAAACAAACGUUACUUCUUUUGAGUAGUGUUUGACUUUGUAACAUAUUAAAAAUACUAUUACUAGUUGACAGAAAUACCUGAUAUUUGGUCUAAUAUAUCUGUAAAAAGUUCCCGGUAAAACCGGGCAGAGUCCUAAAAUUACCGAAAGAACAGAUCAAUUAUAAAGCAUUUGCUAGAGUAGAGUUUAAACGUUGCAAUAUUUUAAGUGACCAUGACAGUAAGCUUUAGUUAGGUUACAUUAGGCUAGGGAUUAUAUUUAUUGUAGUAUAAAGUACAAUUUUAGGUUGACAACUCCUGUUCUACAUCUAUUCAACGUCACUGAACUUAUCAAAAUCGUUUAUUGAUUUACACUUUACAGCAGAUAUUUGAUUGGCGAUUGAGUAACGUGAAUUCUAGUCAGGAGUUCUCAACCUAUUGUAAGAAAUAUAUUGUAAUUAUUGAACUUUAACGCUCUCUCUUAGAUUAUAAAGCCAAAUAGGUAUGGAUUGAAAUUAAUAUAUAGGUAUAAUUAUGUUAUUUAUUAUACACAAAUGGAGUCAUUGGUAAUUUUAAGCCAGAAUGUUUUAUUUGUUGUUUAUUUUGAGGAUAGACUUUACAACAUUCUAAGUCUAAAUACUGCCGAGAAAGCAAUAUUAACAACAAGUCAAUAAUUAUAAAUGAAUUUGUUUUUAACAUUCUUCGCAACAAUUAAGUAAAACAUAGCAUAAUACUAACAGGGCUAAUCAUUAUAACCAUAUUAUUAUUGUUAUACUAUCAUUUUUCACAAAAUACCUAGUCCAUGAAUAAAGGGAGCAACUAUGAGUAACUUUAAUUUGCUGUACUGUCAGGCAAUUAUUUCCCAAACACUGCCGAAUGUGUUACCUUAACUGCACCAAUCUACAAGGUUUUCCCAAAAAAUCCAAUCAUAUUCCAAUAGGGGGUAAUACUGCAUGUUCUGCCGCUAGAGUGCAUCACUAGCACAUAUUGUAAACAGUUUUUGACUAGUUUUCACAGAUAAUUUGUUACGAAUACAUUUAUGCAUCAAGGUUUGGUUACAGAGGGCCUACCGCGAAACACGAAAUUUCGUUAUCUGCCUCUCUUUCGCUCGAAUAUGCAGGAGUGAUAGAGAGACAGAUAACGAUUUCCGUGUUUCGUGGUAGGCCCUCUGUGCUAGUGGCGUCCCCUACGCAGGGUUUUGCGUAAUAUUCCCUAUUAAUCCAGCUUUUAUGAUUCAUUUUAAGGCCCGAUAGUGCAAUCUAAUUUGAACUUUAAAUCGUAAUACCUACUAAAGUUGAAAUUUUACUGGCGCGUAUGUGGUUGAUAAAUCGUACUAUGCCUGGAAAAAGGUAAUGAAACCAUAACCAUCACAUCAUUCACCCUGUAUGACCAAAUAAUGGAAACUCAACCCUAUACUGGUUCCCACAACACGCGAAACACUGGUAAGAAAGGGACAGCCAAGUUCUCCCAUCUCCCUUACUUACGAUGGCCUUAGCCCACUCGAUUUUGCUCAUUAAUUUACACCUAGUCUUAAGUCUCCUCUUCAUAUGUUAGUUCUAAGACAGCACACCAUGUUCAUUUUAUGAAAUAAUCGUGAUAAUGAUACUCUUAUAAAAUUACGUAAUUUUAACUGGAUGUGCCUACGUUUUGUCACAAAGCAUGUUUAUAAAAAUAACAAAAUUGUGGAAUGGCUUUAGUGUGUUAGCAUAUAAGUUAAGGGGUUAAGACUAGGGGCUCCCAAUCCUUUUCGGUACGCGGCGCCCUUGCAAGUUUAAAACUGUAAUUUCGGCGCCCUAACCUAGCUACCUAUAGGCUAUUGGAAAUAGAUAGGUAACAUAUUGAGGAGGAUUGCCUCACGGCGCCCCUCUUUAAUGUCUACGGCACAACAGGGCGCCGCAGUGCACAGUUUGAGAACCAGAGGCUGCGCUAGGUGUGGGCGACCGCCUACGGCCUCGCGGUCCGAGAGGCCUCGCGCUCCAAAAACGUAUAACUCGGCGUAACGUUUUUUUUUUUGUUAUUUCUUGCGACACCAGAGGGCCUCGCUAAAUGUAACUUGCCUACACCAAAUACUUGCCCUGCCACUGUUGGGAACCCCUGAGUUAAGCCACUCUGGAGCUUUAGUUAGGUUACUAGCAUUCAAAUGAUUGUGUUAUACAGUACCCUAUAACUAUCGAAAUAUGCUUCGAUUGCAGAGGAAGCACUUACUUAUGGAACUUACUGAAGUAAGAAUUUCACCACCAAUUGGUUGGAAGGAAAAACAACUUUAAUCACACCCGUUAUUAAUGCUGCAGUUCAUUGAAAAUUAGGGUAGGCAAAAAUACGUAUCUACCCUAAAUUCGCCUUUAAUACAUAACUUUACCUUACCUAGUAUUCCACUAUAAAUUGAAUCACGAGAUUCAUGGGCGUGCUACCCCAAUAUUUAGGAUUGGGAAUAAGGGUUACUUAAUGUCAUUUUUAGAGUAAAAAAGAGAUAAGGCAAAGUUUUGGUAAAAUUUUAUUUUUUAAUUAUUAUACAGGUCUUUGUAUUGAGAUGUGAAUGUAUAGCUAUUUCCUGGUAAAAUUAUUACUUAUUAUUUUACUGGGGCGAAGUUGGGCACCAACGGUGAAGUUAGGGGUCCCUUCUUUUCAAUGAAUUCCAACAUAGAUAACGGGGUUUGACUACAUAUAAACUAUAACAUAUCCAUAACAACAUUUACAUAACUUUGCCCUAACCAACCAAUCGCGCGAGUGAUGCGAAUUCACCAACCAAUCGCGUUGUGGCGUUAGACUGCACGAUUGGCUCGAAUUCGUGUGCGUGACACGGCUGUACUGGCCCCAUUCUUAUUGCCCGUAAGGCCCGUCCUUAGAUAUAUGUCAAUGCAUAACUACCGGAGUUUCUAAUUGGGAAUGGCCGAGCGCUUGACACGCCAUCUAAAAAUAGCUUUUACCGCCGUUUCCGAUUGAAAACCUGAAGUUGGUGGUUAAAUUGUUACAGACCCACGUCAAGUCGAACAUUAAAGUUAUCAUUUUUUGUUAAUUUGUACCCUGGGCCAUCUCAUUUGGGACAUUUGGUUUAACACUCAAUUUUGUUUAACAAACCGUUCCCCCGAACUUUUCAGUAUUUUUUCAUGAAAGCCUACUUUUUUACAAUUACGCUAUCGCUGUACGAAGUACACUAACUUUUAUCACUGACACAACUAUAAUCUCUCUCAGUCAUCCUUGUAUAGUAUAAAAGAGACGGGUGUGUGGGUGAUAAGUGCUGGUGUUAUGCCCUUGUGGCAUUCUUUGUUUUAUAAAUGCAAUGUUGUGAGAUUUUUAUUUAAUAAAGCGUUGAGAAAA